AUGGGUAAGUAUAUUAUUAAGCCCUUGCAUUGUACCUCUUCGGGCUUGGGGGCUAGUGUACCGGAUAAGACACUACUUGGUUUUACCUACAGAAGAAGGGAACCGAGUACUCCCUCGGUCAAGAUAAGCCAAAUACCCUCUCGGCCAGGAUUAAAGACCUGGGCAGGGUACGAUGGGGAGUUCUUACAUAAUAUAACUCGUGAGAUAUUGCAAGACACUCGACUGAGUGAUACAUUGACACAUGUUGUAAUCCCAACCUUUGACGUGAAGAUAAAGAAACCAGUUAUAUUCUCAAAUUAUAAGCUGACGAAUUAUCCCUUCUUAAAUGCGAAGAUGUCAGAUAUAUGCAUAGGGACUUCAGCUGCACCCCAAACUCUACCUCCCUAUCAAUUUGAGAAUGAUGGUACUGAGUUCAAUUUGAUUGAUGGUGGUGUUGCUGCUGGUAAUCCGACGAAGAGUGCCGUGAGUGAAGGUAUACGAUACAACAGUUUCAGCGAAAUUCACGUACUAUCGUUAGGAACAGGAGUAACAACAGUUAUCGAACAAUACGAUGCUGAAAUCGUUGGUAGAUGGUCACAGUUGGACUGGCUAUAUAAAGGACCAGAAUUUCUUGCUCGUGCUUCUACAGACAUGACUGAAAAUCACCUUGCCACAGUGUUCCCAAGCCCCCAACCUGCCAAAACCUACCUUCGAGUUGAGGAAUAUGACCUGCCUUAUUUCCUGGAUAACAUGGUUAAUGCUACAAAAGAAAACAUGGACAAUCUCGAACAGGUGGGAAAAGACCUGUUGAAAAAAAAUGUCAGGAAGAUUAAUGUUGAUUCUUUUGAUAUCGAAGAAACUGGUGAGGGUACCUAUGCCGAGGCUCUUGACAGGUUUGCUGAGAUUUUGUACAGCGAAAGGCAGCAUCGUUUGAAAACAAUUUCGAUGGAGAAAAGGGGACGACCAUUUAUUCAAACUAUGUGGGUUCCUUUUGGCCAAGCUCAAGCAACUUAA